ACCAAGUGGACAUGUCCGUGCAAACUCAUGCCCAUGCGUGUUUCACAGUCGAACUGAAAGUCCACUUAUAAUUAAUGUGAAACGUCGGGACACAAAUGUCUAUAAAUAGAAGACCCAAACCAACUCAAACGCAAGCUAAUUAGAGCAGCGCCACACACACGUGAGAGAGAGAGAGAGAGAGAGACAGAGAGAGAGAGAGAGAGAGAGAGAUGGAAAUCAUGCAAGUACUGCACAUGAAUGGAGGAAUGGGAGAAACAAGCUAUGCUAACAACUCAUUGCUUCAGAGAAAGGUGAUAUCGAUGACGAAGCCCAUAACGGAGGCAACUGUUAGAGCUCUCUUCUCCACCGUCGACGCCACCUUCCAGGGAAGCCUCGCCAUCGCGGACUUGGGCUGUUCCUCAGGCCCCAACACUCUCUUCGCCAUCUCUGAGAUCAUCACCAUUAUGAUUGAUCUCUGCGAGGCGACGAACCAUGAGCUGCCGGAGUUCCAAGUGUUCUUAAACGAUCUCCCAGGGAAUGACUUCAACACCAUCUUUGGGAGCCUCUUGCCGAGAUUCAAAGAGAAGUUGAGUGAGCAAAUGAAGAGCAAGUAUGGAGCGUCGGCAACAUUGCCGUGCUUCUUCAAUGGUGUUCCUGGUUCGUUCUAUGGGAGAUUGUUCGCUCAAGAGAGCCUACACUUGAUUCAUUCUUCAUAUAGCCUCAUGUGGCUGUCGCAGGUCCCACCAGGAUUAGAGGGAAACAAAGGCAACAUAUAUAUGGCGAGAUCGAGCCCUCCGAAGGUGCUUAGGGCAUACUACGAGCAAUUCCAAAGGGACUUCUCAACGUUCUUGGAGUGUCGUGGGCAAGAGUUGGUGGUGGGAGGGCGUAUGGUUUUGACCCUCCUAGGUCGAAGAAGUGACGAUCCUUCAAGCGAAGAGUGUUGCUACAUUUGGGAGCUCUUGGCUAUUGCUCUCAAUGAGAUGGUCUCCGAGGGACUUAUAGAAGAAGAGAAACUGGACUCCUUCAACAUCCCUCAAUACACGCCCUCACCAAAAGAAGUACGGAUAGAGGUCCAAAAGCAAGGCUCAUUCUCAAUCGAUUGCUUGGAGGUAUCCGAAGUGAAUUGGAAUGUAUUUGACACAGAUUUCGACCCCAAUGUUGUUUCAAAGGAUGGGGAAUACAAUUUGGCUAGGUGCAUGAGAGCUGUGGCUGAGCCCUUGCUCAUCGAUCACUUUGGUGAAGAGAUCAUGGAUGAGCUCUUUAAAAGAUAUAAGGCUCAACUUGCUGCUUGCAUGUCUAAGGAAAAGCCCGCAUUCGUCAAUGUCAUCAUUUCGCUGAAAAAGAUUACUUAGAUACAUCACAAAAAUUCACGAAUAUAUAUGCUAUGAAUAUAUGUACGUUAUAGUGAAGUUAAAAAAUGAAUGUGUCAAGUGUGUUUACCAUAAUUUGAAGAAGUCGUGUCCAUUUUCACUUGUAAGUACUUCAUACAUCUUAUCUUGCGUAAGGAAAAUGCGUGAGACUUCCAA